GACACUCAUUAGGUGUUCGAUGGGAUUUUCUGUGCCGCCUUGGUGUUGUUGUUAUCAUUAGUUAUGAUAAAGUUAAACUUUAUCAUAUGACAGGAUUUGUGGUGUAUUUCUUGAUCAUAUGACUUUACAGGUCUUUGUGACCCAAACAGCUUAUCUACUCUGUUAACAGAGUUUAGUGGCUUAUAAUUCAGACACAACUUAAAGUUCAGAUAAGGUCAAUAUAAAGCACAGGCAUCUAUACCAUACUAUAUUUAUCUCAAUGAUUUGAAAUCAAAAUGGGACCAAAAGGUUUAAUAACAAUUUUAGCAUCAUUUUCAAUGUGUGUCGGAUGCUUUAGAUCAACUACUAGAAAUCACAUCCAGCGCGAUUUUCUUAAUGAUUUACAUGAACAUAUUCAUGAUAAACAGCCACUACCUAAGGAUCCAUUCCUUAUCAUUUGGAACACCCCAUCAGAAGGAUGCAAAGGAUUUGGAGUCAAUUUGAACUUAACAGCAUUUGAUGUGGUCGUGAAUAAGGACCAGAAAUUUACUGGCGAUUUUGUGACAAUAUUUUAUACUCCUCAACUUGGGACUUAUCCAUAUGUAGACAAGGAUGGCAUCCAUAAUGGAGGAAUUCCUCAGCAUGUCAAUCUGACAUCUCAUCUAAACAAAGUGAAAUCUGAUAUCAAAAGAGCCAUUCCUGACCAGAAUUUUCAAGGUGUUGGUGUGAUAGAUUGGGAGAAUUGGAGACCCACAUGGGAGCGUAACUAUGACAGCAAGAUCAUCUAUCAGAACCUCUCUGAAGCUGAUGUUUUUCAAAGACAUCCAUCUUGGAAUCACACUCAAAUACAGAUUUAUGCAAAGAGUGAAUUUGAACAAGCUGCAAGGGAUAUGAUGGAGCAGACAGUCCGGGUAUCCAAUGAUACUAGACCUGGUGGAUACUGGGGAUACUAUGAGUUUCCAGAAUGUUACAACUAUGCAGGCUCUCCAGAGUGUUCAACUAAGACAAAACAACAAAAUGAUAAAUUAAACUGGUUAUUUUCUGCUAGCACAGCUCUAUUCCCAUCUGUCUAUUUACAUUCUAAGCUUAAAACAAAAACACUGAAACAGAACUUUGUACAUGGACAAGUACAGGAAGCACAGAGAGUAGCUAAAGGAACUAAACAAGGAGAUAAGCCUGUGUUUGUGUAUGCCAGAUACAGAUUUGCUAAUGAUCAGUCAUUUUAUAAAAAGGAUGACCUAGAAGCCAGCAUAGGGGAGAUAUUCAACAUGGGGGCUAAUUGUGUGAUACUGUGGGGCUCUAGUGAAAAUGUUAAAACAGCAUCUAAAUGUAAAGAACUUGAAGUGUACCUCAAUUCAACAUUGGGUCCAUAUGUUAAAUCCAUUAAUUCAUUUGCAUCAAAAUGCAGCCAGUUAAAUUGUAAUGGCAAGGGGAGAUGUGUUCUGCAGAAUACCUCACCUAGAGGGACUGAAUAUCAUGUUCAUGGGACCAAUCAUCUUUGGAAUAUGGAGCACUAUGACUGUAAAUGCUAUCCUGGAUGGUCAGGGCCACAGUGUAAAGUUCAUUAAGCAGAAUCAAUAAUGGAUAUUUAGGAAGCAAUUUGGGAUGGUGCCAAAAUAAAACAUCAAACCAACAAUACAAUACUGUUAUUGUAAAUAAGAUAGCAGUAAUGCUUUUUGAGAAAAAUUAUGUAACAGUGAUGUAAGUUCUCCUGAGGGAAAAGGGAUAUUUAAAAAAAAUCCUCUUGAGAAGUCAAGUUUUACGUACAGUAAAACCUGUGUUCACUAUAGAGAGGUCAUUUUAUACAGAGGUUAGUGCUGUAUGUGCUGAAAAUGGGUGUUCACUAGACACAUGUGUUCA